AUGUGGCGCCUAUAUAUUGCCCAGGUGUCGCCCCGCACCCCAUUUAGCGUCUCCCUACCCAAGGGCCGACCGACCAUAUACAAACCCAAGGACAUAGAUGGUGAUCCACCGUCAACUCCACUUCUAGGGUUAACUCCGCCUCCACCCGCACCUCUCGGCGCGACAGCCGGCCAAUCGAUUGUAUAUUCCAUCAAACCUGCAUGUAUUUCUGGUAUCCCAGGCCUCAUUCUGGACUGGGAUACUCCCACAAGGAAUGCAGCGGAGGAUCAAGACACUGGAUCGGCUGGCCCCGUCCCAGUUGAACCCUCACCUCAUGUACAUGGACAAUCUGAACAUACCGACAGACGUCGUAGCAUCAUUAGUAUGACAGACAGCGGAGCUAGCAGCAGCGGAGCUGGUCCUGACGUCGUUAUCGGGCAACUUUCCAAACUCAGCUUUCGUCUCUCGGCAUUGGGUCGCUUAGCCGACGAGUUCGCAAGACCAUCACGAUCAUCAAUUCAAACCUGGCGCGAACAGGCUCCCAUUGAUAGUAAGCUGGUCAUAGAUGCUACUGCUUUUGCAUCGGUUGCCUUGUGGGUUGCACACGGCUCUGCUGGCUUCAAUUCGUUUGAUUCGACACGAAGUUCAAACAAUCGCCCAACACCGGAGCCGGAGAUGAAGACACCCGGCGGUAUCCUUUACUAUCUCUUCUCAGCCUCGCACUUUCUGCUACAAAUUAUAAGAGGCCAACACUUGCAUGUCGAAGACAGUGCUCUCACGCCUUCUAUGCCCACGACUCCGCCAUCACUCGUGGAAUCCAAUCCAUUCGACAACGCCAUUCGCCAUCUAUGUAUCGGCUGUUAUUCCUCGCUUAUUAAUGCUUAUAUCUCGGUAAUAAAUAUUCUUGGGCAUGACGUAGAGCUAAGCAAUCAUGGGGAGAAGGCGAUACUCGGUGAUAUUCGGCUCAUCUCUAUCGUGCAGAUAUGCUCUUACCUCACCGAACGACAAAACCAAGCGAUAGGUUCAUACCUAUUCGCUGAAAGCUCUACUUCUGUCUCUCCUCCACAUGAAGAUUCGGGGGAGAACUCACAUGAACCUGUCUUGCAAUCCUCCAAUAUUGGUUUUAGGGAGGAUACGAGAUGUUUGAAAAUGGAAGUCCAGGAGCGACUCUUGAGUCUACAACAAAUUCUGACUUUUUGA